AUGGCUGAUCCCCUCUCCAUUGCCGCCAGUGUCGCUGGACUGGUUUCCCUCGGCCUCGAUGUUACCGGGGCACUCAUCGAUUACUAUCAAGAUUACAAACACCAAGAUUCGGACGUUGCUGCCAUGAUGUGCCAUAUCAAGAGCGUCCACAGGUAUUUUGAGCAGCUAUCCCAAGUCAUUGCCGAACGGACGUUUCAGGGCGACGAGAGCCUUACAGGGAACGUUGAGUCGUCAGUCACGAAGUGCGACAGCCUUUUGCAAAAACUGCAGAAAAGAUACAGCAAAUUUGAGAAGCCCUCAGGCGAUCUCCGCACGAGACUUGAAGCGGCAUGCUCCCGAGCUCGUUAUCCUUUCAGAAAGUCCACACUGGAAAAAAUCAAAGAGAAUGCUGAGGAAAUCCGGGACAACAUCUCCCCCGUGUUGCAGCUAUUGCAACUAAAAGAUAAUAAGAGAAUCCACGACAGAACUACUGAGAUCAAAACCUUGGUCGAGUUUGUCACAGCCCGUCAAAUAGCGUCCAAUCUCCGUACGUGGUUGAAUGCGCCUGAUGCCACUAGCAAUCACUAUGCAGCUUGUACGAAGAGCCAUCUAGGCACUGGCAGCUGGCUCCUCCAGUCUGCAUCUUUCAAGUCCUGGUUGGACAGCCCAAACUCUUUUCUAAUCGGUUUCUUCUACUUCACAUUCAGCGACGAAUCGAAGCAGAAUACUUCGGCAAUGUUGAAGGCUCUGUUGUUGCAAUUAUCGAGCCAGCAUUCCUCUGGUGAGAAUAUUCUGAGCAGGCUUCAUGACAAGUACGGACCUGGCACGCUGCCUGUAUACGCCCUGGAAGAUGCUCUUGGAGAGUUACUGUCUCUGUUCGCAAACGUCUUCGUCUUCGUGGACGCUCUUGACGAGAGCCCAUGGCAGACAGCUCGCGGUGAAGUCCUGGACACUUUGAAUCGUUUCCGCGACUGGAACGUGCCCGGUUUGCACCUUCUGGUCACCAGUCGAGACUUGCACGACAUUCGUGAUGACAUUCAACCUUUGCCGGAAGAGGACAUUGCAAUGAUCAAGAACGAGGGAGUGGAUCAAGAUAUUGCAUCUUACAUCGCCGGUCGACUGGACACCGACAGACGUCUAGCGAAAUGGAAACCGUUUCGGUCCAAGAUCGAGGACGGCCUUACGCUACGUGCUCGAGGAGUGUUUCGGUGGGUGGAUUGUCAAUUCACGUUGCUUCAAUCCUGUCCCCGCACCGAAAGCCAUCUCGAAGAGCGAUUGCAAUCACUUCCAGCAGACCUGGACGAAACUUACGAGCGCAUGCUCCUGGAAGUGCAGAGGCGCGGCCUCGCCUUCGACCUGUGGCGAGUUCUGUUGCAACUUUGCUACGCUCAUCGGCCUAUGAUGAUCGCAGAGGUGAUUGACGGCCUGGCAGUAGAUGUUGGUGAUCAGGCUGGUCUGAAUCUUAAUCGUCAGCUCCAGGACGAAGAUGAUGUUCUCCAGAUAUGUUCGGGCUUUGUUGAAGUCGAUAUCCAAGUCGUGGCAGACCACCUCUGGUCCAAGAUAUUCACCAAAUUCAAGGUUCUUCGGAUUGCGCAUUUCACAGUGCAGGAAUACCUGGAAUCAGACAGACUACCAAAACAAGUCGGUGACAAUUUUGGUCUAAAUGCUGCAGUUGGUCAUCAGGAGAUCACCAAAAUAUGUCUAACAUAUCUAUCGCAUCCAGGAUUAUCUGUAGAUCCACUUGCAGAAAAUUCCUUCGAGGCUACCAUCGGGGAUUACCCUUUGGCCUACUACGCAGCAAGACUUUGGCACGAGCACUAUAAGCGAGCAAGCAGCCAUGGUGAUAAUCUUGAUGUCUUGGUGCUUCCAAUUUUUACGGAUCCUCAGAUCUACGCCAAUUGGGCAAUAACAUUGGGAUCGCUAUACAACCGGCGAGGGACAGACAUUCCCGGACUAUUGUAUUUUCCGGCACUUUGGGGGCUGGAAAAUAUAUGCCUAGGACUUCUUCAACUGAAAGCGCCCAAUCAUAUCCAGGAACUUGUGAAUGCGGAAGGUAGCGUGUACGGCACUGCCUUGCACGCAGCCUGUGUCGAAGGCCAUACCAAAAUAGCGAAACUGCUGCUGGAGCACGGCACCGACGUCAACAUCCAAGCUGGUUCUCGUGGAACUGCCCUUCAAGCGGCCGCCGCGCGCCGUUUUACCGAAGCCAUGGAAAUACUGCUGAAGCACGGCGCCGACGCAAACAUCCAAGGUGGUUAUUAUGAGACUGCCCUUCAAGCGGCCGCUUGGCAGUACAAGCAGAGUAAAAACUGCUCGGAGCUCACGUGGACGCUCACCCAGACCCUGCCGCUUUUAAUACUGCCUUCUCGCGACUCACCCUCCACACCUCUACUUACCUUUUGA